AUGUGGAACAUCAUGGAGGAUUGCUGGGAAGAUGACCCUUAUCUGCGGCCGGCUGCUUCUGAAGUGCUUACGCGUGUUGCUCGGCUUCAGCGCCUAAAGACUGGUAGCAAUAUCAUCAAGCCUGCUCCUAAUUGGGACACUUUCAACCUCGCUCGACUCCAGAAUAACGUGAAAUACCCCGUUCUUGACACCGCAGAGCUUAUCCGACUUCAGGAUAAUCUCAAAUCUCCUACCCUUGUCCGAUCGCCUGUUCCCCAUUUGGACGAGAUUCAGAAACCGAUGGUGGAAGAUGGAGAGGAUGAGAAGUUGGACGGUGUGAGUCUCGGUUCUUCGGACCCAAAAUGUAGGAGUACCGUUCUCCCUCAGAGCCAUUCAACUAUCAUCGCCGAUGCCGAAAAAGCUGUUCGUGCCUUGGGAGAGUUCGAUGAUCUACGUCGUCUCGUGGAAAGUGUGCUAGAGGAUAAACUGCGACUGAAACGUGUUUUGGAAACUAAAUGGUGCGCAGUUGUGGCUUGA